CAGUGCCAGCCACAACACAACGGCAAUCGCUCGUCUGAAACCGCCGGAAGAUUAACGACAAUAAGGAAUUAUAUAGCGCCUCCCCGUAAUCCGGAAUAAUGCCCCCGAUCAUGGGCAGGAGUGGAUCGUUUCUGUUGUUCGCCGGGCUCCUAGUUCUCCUGGAUAUUCUCCCUUCAGCAAAUGCCGAUCUGUGGACGAGGCACAAUAGCAAUGCCUAUCAGACCAGGAGGCGAUCCGGCCCAAGUAAUCAGUGUCCCAAGGUGGGUGCCAUUAAAAACUUUGAUCUGGAAAGGAUGAUGGGUUGCUGGCACGUGGUGCAAUAUUAUGCUUCCACGGAGGAACUACCGGAAUACGCUUGUAUGCGCAGUCACUUUUCCUUCUCCAAGGAUGAUCAACACAUAACAAUGAACUUUAGCUACAUAUUCGCGGAGGAUCCAUUGCGAGAGAAGCUUGUGGGCAACAUCACCUGGAUGAUACCCAAAUUCGAUGAACCAGGACAUUGGCAACACACGGAAGAUAUAUAUGAGGGCAUUUACAACACGUACGUCCUGGACACGGACUACGACACCUGGGCCCUGGUGAUGCACUGUGCCGAAAAGAAAAAGCAACCAAGGUAUCUGUCUGCCCUGCUUUUGGCCAGAAAAACUUCGCUGGCCGACAACGAAAUAAGUUUUCUGCGGGGCAAGUUGCCGCAGGACAUCGAUGCAUCCUUUAUGUUCGACAUCGGACAGGAAUCGUGCGACAACCUAAUGGAAUCGAGCCGGGACGAUCCACUGGCCUAUGUCAUUAAUGGACGGCAGAAUGCCAAAGAAAUAUUUAAGAUUGUCAAUAAGCUUUGAAAAUUAAAUAUCGUAUUAAAUAUGUACGCUGUUUAAAAAAUGAAAACAUUAACAUUAUAAUAUUUAACAUAUAAUAUAUGUACAUAAAUUUAAUUAAAUAGUCCGUGAAAAUAAAAGGCGAACAGAAACGA